UACAACAUAUCUGUAUUUCAGUCUGCACUAGGGAGUGGAAAUUCGAGCUGAUCCGAUCAAAGUUGUGGGCUGUAUUUUUGUUGUUUAAGUUAAUCAUGGGUGAAUGGCAGACUGGUCUGUGUGGCUGUUUCGAAAAUUGUACGAUUUGUAUCAUAACAUACUUUGUGCCAUGUUUAACCGCCGGGCAAACUGCCGAGAAAGUUGGAGAGUCGUGCUGUCUGUACGGAUUCCUUUCGAUACUUGGACCCAUUGGAAUCUGGUCCCGAGCUAAGAUCAGGGGGAAGGUCAGAGAACAACUGGGAAUAGAUGGAUCAUUCGGUAUGGAUUGUGUCCUUCAUUGGUUCUGUGGUUUAUGCGCCCUAACACAGGAAGCACGUGCAAUGGAGGGAGGCGGACAAGCUCAAUCCAUGGCGAGGGAAUAAAAACAAGAUUGACCAUCCUUCACGUGACCUAGGCUCAUUUUGCAAUCAACUGAAAAGGAUUUGGCGGUUUUCUUUCUACAUUGAACUUUAUACACUGAAAACAUAUUUCCGAAAAAAUUGUGAAUCUAAUAAUGCUGUGAUCUCUUUUUAUUUUGUAUGAUGUUUAUAUUUUGUAAAUUUUCGUACAGUUUUCAGUAUACUCGUUCCAUAUUAACUGUGACAGAACUGUUUGUUUGAUGUCCAUGUAACGUCAUGUUGUGGCUAACAAUUGCCUUUAAGCAUAUUUUUUUUAAAUUUUAAGAGAAAUCCAACUUAAAAAUAAUAUGAGUAUGGUUUAGGUUACUAAACACGUUAAUAUACGUAUUUUAUCUGUUUAUUAUAUUUCUAUAAUUUUUGAAUAAAGUUUGUAUAAAAUGCU